CCAACCCCUCUCAAAUCUCCCACUCGUCGCGGGUCUGCCGCUGCCGUCUUCCCGAAGCCAACGCAACCGCUUCCUUCUCCGCCUCCGCUCCUCUAGUCCUCUCUCCCUCCCCCCCGCCUCCUCUCCGCUCCCAUUCCGCCACCGACGCUCCACGCGACUCCACAAGUAAAGCGGCGGGCGCGAGCAGCCAGGAGCCGCGGCGGGUUGCGAAACCGAGCGCCGCGGCCGGUCGCCAUUCCGGGUCCGGCGAGAUGUUGGGGGAGCUCCUGUCGAGGAUCCUGCUGCUGCUCUUCGGGUACGCCAUGCCGGCGUUCGAGUGCUUCAAGACGGUGGAGACGCGCCCCAACGAUGCGCACAUGCUCCGCUUCUGGUGCCAGUACUGGAUUAUUGUGGCCAUGGUUAUAGCCUUUGAGAGCGUGAUCUCUUGGAUGCCGAUGUAUUCAGAAAUGAAGCUAGCUUUCUUUGUCUAUCUCUGGUACCCCAAAACAAAGGGAAGUGAUGCUGUAUAUGACACCUUUCUUCGGCCCAUAGUGAUGCAAUAUGAACCAAACAUCGAGCAGAGGCUACUGCAUCUCAGGGCGAAAUCUGGGCAACUGCUUAGCUUCUACUUGAAGAAUUUCGCAGACAAAGGGACAGCCUUCUUCAUGGAUGUCCUUCGCUAUGUCGUAUCAGAGAAACCUGAAGGAUCCAAUGCAGAGCAGAGGAACAAGAAGUCCGGCUGGAGCCCCUUCGCCACCAAGCGCCGGCCGCCGUCACCGCCACCGCAGGAGUCCAUCUUCGAUAGCAACCCUGACGCCGCCGUGGUGGCCGAGGCUCUGCGCGCUACCAUCGGCGCCGCCGCGGGGGGUGGCGCCAAGCCCCGGCGAGCGCCCAACGGCAAGCAUUACUAAAGGGAAAUAGAGACUCCUACAGAAACUAUAGGGGAUGAUUUUAUCUGUUGUACAUAGAAUGAAUGAACGAAGCAAAGAAAAGCAGAGAAAAAAAGGGGAGUACAUAGCACAAUCAGCAACCCAUUGGCCAUUCACCAUUGUGAAGAACAGAUGGAUGUGUAUCGAGUAUGGUUCAAGGCAUAUGAUAGAAAUCGUUAGUUUUUCAUUGAUCGGUAUGCUUGAGUCUUUUUUCUGCCAUGGAAUAUAUCUCAGCCUGCUUCAUUA